UGUAGGAUUGUCCAUUUCUGCUAUCAUAAGUGCAUAAAAUAAUUUCUGAUAAUGCGUCCAUCUGUUUACAUUUACUCCAAUACUGUUGCAGGAACUGGGAGAUGAAGUCCUCCAGGCUGUUGAUAUCUCGCAUCCGGCUCUGGAAAAACAUCAGCGGCUCGCCGAGUAGUAGACUGGACAGUUGGAAACGCCAUACUAACCAAGAGGUUGGUGGCGGAUGGCGGUUGACUGGCGAUAUCGGAUGGCGAUUGGGUAGCGGCAUUCUCCGUUCCUUCGGCGACGCUUGGAGCGAUCUGCGGAGACGCCGGUACCGGGUUGGACGCCCUCACUCCCUCAUCCGGACUCUCAUCGGACUUACUCGCAUCGACGACGUUAUCAAUCUUCGUAGAAGACAAUUGGGCUAAGUUUUGCGGGUCGAAACUGAUGGAGCAUAUGCUGCCUCCCUCUCUCUCUCGUGGGGUCUCCGCUGCAUCGUCCUGGGGCUGUUGAUUUGCCGGUGUCGUGGCUACAUAGUUUUGGGGAUGUUCGCUGAAGUAGGAAAUUUGCGAGUUAGCCGGCGACUGGUUCAUGGUGACGUUAUUAUGGAAAACUUCGAGUAAAUAGCCAAGUGUGUUGCCAAGUCUCAGGAAUAUUAAAAUGGAUUCAGUGAUAGU